GACACUAUCAGGCUUUUAUAUAAAGAACAUCACAAAAUGCUGAAAUCGGUAUUCAGGGAAGAGUACCCAGGCCUGCGACGCUCCCAGUGACGAUGGCCAGGUACACUGCGCUCGCUGCGGCUCUGAUUUUGACACUGCUGGCGAGCAGCCGAGCCUUACAGUGCCUGGAUUUGCCCGUGGCGACGAGUGGGUUCGAGAAAUGGGUAGGCGUCGUCGCAAAGGCAAUGUCCUUUGGCGGACGCAACCAGGCAUCCUCUCUGCAGGCCCUGAAAAGCUUCCAGGCUUCCGUGGCCGCAAAAGUGCAGCAGCAGGGCGCAACUCUGAAGAAGCUGGAGAAGGGUGACAUCAGCGACAUCAUCAAGCAGCUGUUGACUCAGCGCAUCGACAUCAGCGCCCCGGUCUUCUUUGACAACGCUGGCGGCCCCGACUCACUCAUCAAAGGCAGCGCUGCCGGCGUGUCAUUUGGCUUCGUUGGCGCACAAUACGCCCCCUGUGCCAUUCCCAUUACGCCAAUUGGCGUCAGCGUGUCUCCCCAGGGCGCCAUCAUCGGGGCCCAGGUCUUUAACAUCGGCCCCACAGGUGUCAACAUCCAGCCGCAGGGAGUCAACAUCUCUCCAAAUCUCAUCAUCAUUGGUCCUUAUGACACCACAAUUGCCGGACAGGGCCUAAACAUUGCGCCAGCCCUCAUUGCGAUUGCGCCCACGCGCACAGUCAUCAACCCUAUUGGACCCUUGGAGAUCUCCGAUACCCUUGUUGAUGCUCAGGUCCCCCUGCCUCCACAGCCGUAA